AUGGGCACCCACGCAAUCAACGUUUACGACUUCGUCAACAGAGCUGGAUCCAGCGCCGGAUAUGCCUGCUUCACCAGAGAAAUCGGAGUCUCGUAUGCCAGGCAGACUCUCAUAACUGCCACGUACGAUAUAUGGAAAUGGUUCGAGCAAUAUUCAGCUGCGCAACGAAAGGACGUCAAUCGACUCGUCUUGAUCCUCGAAAACUUCCCCGACAGCCAGGUUCAAGUCCCGGCAAAUGCAACGACCAACGAGAUCCAUCUCAACGGAAGGUACAUCGCGAGCUAUUCCGGCGAUGUCAAGAGGGAGAUCACAGGGGUUCUAUACCACGAGGUGACUCAUGUUUUGCAGCGGAAUGGAAACGGGCAAGCCCCGGGAUGGUUGAUCGAAGGAAUCGCGGACUACGCGAGGUUGAGGUCGUGUUAUAUUCCGAGCAACUGGGUAAAGCCAGGAGGAGGGGAUAGCUUCUACAAAGGAUACGAUGUUACUGCAAGAUUUCUUGAUUAUUGCACUGGCUUGAGAAGUAACUUUGUGGCUGAACUCAUCAAGAAAUUGAGGCCGACUGGUUACGUUGACGAUUACUUCAGACAGCUUAUUGAAAAGGGAGUAUCCGACACUAGAUCCGGCUCUAAUGUUGAAGUCGUAAACGUUGAUUGCAUGAAUGCCAAUGAUGGUAACCGCCAGGGUUACCACGCCAACAAGGAGAGGGAAAUUAAGAAACGGGGAGCCAUGGAUUAUUGUGUAUAG